AUGUCCUUCACCUUCUCGUGGAACCCCUCCCUCGUCGACAACUCAAAUUUCGCCCAAAUCAAGGCAGCUAUCGAUACCGCACUGGCAAAAGGUCCUUCCCCAGAAGGUGUUGCAGGUCCUGUUGUUCUCCAGAGACUUUACCUAGGUGACACACCACCUAGUAUCCAUAUCCAGGCAGUCGAAGAUGUGGCUAGUGACCGUGUCAAGGCUGUUUUCGCAAUGCAGUAUGCUGGCAACGCAUCUAUAGCUUUGCGUACUUGUGUCCAAGCAAAUCUUCUCCGUGGAGCCAUGCUUGGUGAAGACGAACAACAAGAUCAACAACUAAGAUCCAAGUUUAACUGUAGUAAUAAUAACGACGCUGAUAGUAAUAAUAAUAGUAGUAGUAGUAAUAGUGGUAGUGUUGGUGUUGGUGUUGAUGAUUACUAUCUCUCCCAUCUACAGCCCUCUCUAGCACUAGCGUUGCCGCACGUUCUUGGAGCCCUCACACCGUUAGCACUACCCCUCGAAUUCACCAUCCAUGACUUACGUCUUAGCGGCACCGUCUCCCUUGUUGUCACCAAAAAUAAAGGUGCCGUUAUGGUUUUCGAUAGCGAUCCGCUCCAAUCCCUCGAAUUAUCUUCUUCCCUUGAUGAUUUCCCCAGCGUUUCAGCACAGCUCAAGCGCGAGGUUGAGAUAGAGAUCCGUGAAGUCCUCAGAGACACUAUCCCACAAAUCGUCUAUCAAAUCACAGCAGCAAAUAGUCCCACGACUACUAAAGAAAUCCCAAUCCCACCUGUUGCAGACCCUAAACAUGUACCACCACCAAUCUUUGAUUUCCCCUUUCUGGCAACAUCUGCUCUUUCAAAAAUAAAAACCCUUGCUCAAACAAAUGCUACUCUGGCUGCUCUUUCCACCCCUUCACCUUUCAAUGAUAAAAAAUCAAUACGUCCUGACCGCCUUUCCAUCUCUACACCUAUUCCUUCAUUUGAAUUAUUCUCUGAUCCGAUAAGCACAACUAAUACCCCACCACUCAUCAUUGACUUUGAUACCCUUUCAGACACAACAGGUCUUUCAGACGCAGACUCAGAUGUGUCUACAUCGCUAGCCUCGCUUCUUCCUCCUCCCUCAGAACCUGUAUCUCCCAGGCCGCGAGCUCGCAGAGUUAUAAAUCUUCGUAAUGUUUUGCAGUCUCCUUCUUCGUCUCCUCAUCUUUUGCGGCCAUCAAACAAGCCCUCAUCUGCAAAGUCCAAGUCUGCCUCUGUAUCCCCUACAAGAACUAGACCUCACAUUGAUCAGUUUCGAUUAGCCCCAGACCAUCCAACCAUGAUAUCACCUGCAAACCGACCCAAACGCAAUGCUGGCCCGCGGCGAGUAGUUUCUAGCAGCAUGAACAAUAGCAUGGGUAUUAUUGUCACACCCAAUGGCCUUGGAAGUGCAAUGGGAACAAAAACUGGAGGAGUAGUAGGAGGCCCGACACCGUCAUCAGAACCUACCCACUAUUUUUUGACCCAACAACGUUAA